AUGCCUUUAUUGGUCUUUGCGGCUUAUGCUUGCUUCGAACAGAAGAGGAAACCCCGAUGGAUCGAAGCUGUCUCGAUGGUCUCUCUCGUUCUCGUCUAUGAGAUUCUCGUACUCCUAACGGGUGGUACUAUGCUAUUCGACAAGACAUUGAUGGGCAUAGUCUCCGAGUCUAAUGCCUCUCUCUUUACGAUCGUUAUACCCCUCUUGGCAUUGCUCAAUACUUUCCUGCUUUACCGGAGAAACUUAUCAAUUGCACUCAAGUAUCGUGCCAAGGCUUGUACAUGA